CAACGACGACGACGACGGACGACGACGACGGACGACGACGACGGCGAGACGGCGAAAACCGCGGGAAAUUCAAUACGAGUCAUUUUUAAUCACGCGGAUUCAUUGAAUGAAAACUCCGCUCGGCUUGUCUUUCCCACAUCUGGCCAUUAGUCAUACUCAACGCGGCACUGUCUGUCCCUGAGGUCGCUUGCUUUCUGCGAUUCGAUUCCAAAAUCCUAAAGACUGUUACUCACCAACAACGCUAGAGGGACAGCCCGUCUCGUUCCUAUUCUCCUUUUCAUUCAUAUCAGAACAAGGGUCUCACACGCGCAUUGGUGGCAACGUCCCUGGAAAGCACAAUAUCGGAAACUGGCCUCGUGUCAUAACGCUUGCUUGCCCCAUCACCUUCGUAUUUGAUCUGCAUACAAUCGCAAGCAUACUUUCGCAGGCGUUUUUGCACGCUGCGAAGGACGUUCCUUAGAAUUUGAACAACGAGGACAGUCCCACCUGAAAUUCUUUGGAAUAAGCAAAAUUCAGACUUCUCCAUAUGGCUCCCUCGGAUGACUUUGAUCUUUUCACUCAUGUUCCGAUUGGACUAGUCACACUGUGGACAAAUUGGAUGAAUGGAUUGACAUCAACCCUGUCAGCAUAUACCAACGUUCCAGCAUCUGCUACAUUUUUCCACAGUAGCUUGACUGCAAUGUCUCGCAUAGCUUCGACAUACCUCCCUGAAUCAAUGGUUUCAACACUCUCCUCCCUGCCACAUCUCGAAACAUCUGAGCUCUGUAUGAUCUUUGUUCCAGUAGCCUGUUAUUGGAUCUACUCCACGCUCCUUUACGUUCUCUCAUGGCUCCAAAUCACCUCCGUUGAACUCCACCGUAUUCCAACGGAUCAAAAGAUGCGCCCACCCAAUCGAAUCACUGUGAGACACGUAAUUCAAAAAGUGGCUAUUCAACACAUCAUUCAAUGUAUUGUAGCGUAUGCACUGGCAGUGGGAACAAGACCUGCAGACAUGGCCACAAGGCCAAUAGAGCACCCAUUGUUGCUUGUGGCAAAGAUAUGUGUCGCGGCCGUGCUGUUGGACAGUUACCAGUAUUGGAUGCACCGCUGGAUGCAUACAAAUCGCUUCCUGUAUCGCCACUUCCAUUCCGUUCAUCAUGAGUUAACGGUCCUUUACGCUUAUGGAGCACUCUACAAUCACCCGCUUGAAGGAUUCAUCAUGGAUACUGUUGGAAGUGGGGUACCUUCUCUCAUCCUCGAUAUGCAUCCGUGGACCAGCACAAUCUUCUUUUCGCUGGCCACGCUGAAGACUGUGGAUGAUCACUGUGGCUAUGCCUUGCCGUGGGAUCCCUUUCAGAGAUUCUUUCGGAACAAUGCAGUUUAUCACGAUAUUCAUCAUUGGGGGAAGGGUAGAAUGUACAAUUUCAGCCAGCCUUUCUUCACAUUCUGGGAUGUCUGGAUGGGUACGGACUACGAGAUUGAAAUGAAGAAGAAGGCGCGGGCAAAAGCUCUAGCCACCCCUGAGACGUCCACAUCCCCUCGGGCGAUAAAGACGUCAACGUCCGUGAAACUCUCAGUGUCAGCAAAUGCACCUAAACGGGUUACAGUCAGUAAACCUCAACUAUCUUCGGGUUUACGUGGGGACAGUGGCCAGUCUGUCCACCCUCCUAGUCCAUCGAACUCGUCGUCAGACUGGUCGAUCGCGGAUUCCGCACUUGGAAGUAGUUGCGAGGAAUCUGAUGCGUCAUCAGGAGCUUCUGCAGGAAUGGAGAGUGAUGCGGAUGAAGGCGUUUGUGUUCGCGUUCGUUUUGCACCUGACCGGAGGCGCGAAGGAGUGUGUGGAAGAUGAAUUGGUACUUAGGGAUAAUAUGGAUGGAAUCAGAAAUCUGAGAAUUUAUGAGCUGGAAGACGACGUCUGUUGACAUUUGUUGAUCGAUAGGCUGGAGUUUCGCAUAAGCAACGUUUUGGGCAUUUGUUUUCUUGUAUGCAUUUUACUUUCUUCUGUUACACGAUAAUAGGUUACGAUACACUGUAGUUCUAAUAGAAACUGGAUUCACCAUCCAAAAAUUGGGUUUUCUAC